AAAAUAGUAAUAAAUAAUCCAAUUUCUGAAAAAUAUACAGAAAAUUCUGACGAAUCAGAUGAUUGUCUCAAUAAAACUAAAAUGAAAGAGCUUUACGAUAACGGAAAAAUCGCUGAUAUUAGUGAUGUUCCAGAUGCUUUAAAAGAAGUGCCGUGGACAAUGGUCGAUGGUGGCGACGGACUAAAAUUGAACCACGAGAAUGAAAUACAAUUAGAAACGAUCGAAAAAGAGUUCGAAGGUUUAAAGAUACAAAACGAGUUCAUUACGAAUAAAGUUCAUUUAAUUACCAACAGAUACAAGUUUAGAAAUAAUCAGAUAACACAGAUCAAAGUUGAAACGGACAAAGUUAAAAAUGAAAUGGAAGAAAUACGCAACAGAAAAAUAAAAAAAGAAUUGGAAAAUAAUGUAUGUUUUAAAACCAUAUUUGACAAAAUGGCGGGAAUCCAUAGUCACAUCAACCGAUUCAAAGUGAUAGUAAACGGUUUGGAGGCCGCUAUUGAAGAGGCGUGUGACAAUAAAAAAAUCAUGACGGAGAUAAUGGAGUUGUCCGAGUAUAUGAAAAACCAGUAUAAUUUGCAAAUAACCGAAAAUCAAUGGCACUUUACCGAGCAGACCAGUAACCACACGAGUGAAAUCGACCAGUUAAAUGCGUACGUGGAUAUUAAAACGAAAGAAGUCGAUGAGUUGGAAAAGCGCACCGCCGAUCAACAGCUUAGCAUUGAUUUCUAUCAGAAAUUACUAAAACGCGUCGAAAAGUACAUUUCCGAUAUGUUAUCAAUGAUCUUAUCGUACAUAAAACAAUUGGAGAAUGAAAAUAAUCAGUUAUUAGUGCCAAACGAGAACCAAAAAGAAAUUGUUUUAAUAUUAGUUAAACAAUUGAAAGAAAUUCACGGAAUCAUUGGAAAUGAAGGAAGAUCAAGACUAUGACGAUUGAUUUGCAUUUAAAAUUGUUAAAGUAACAUGUAGACAAUGUUGACGAGG